UUUACCAAGCCCCUAUUCCACCCAAAAAACGAAUCACAACAACACUACACCGCACUUCGACACACCAUUUCCAGCUUGGUCGUGACAGAAUUGCCAACUCCAGCUGCCAGCCCAACACAUCCCGUUGCUUCGUAGCCUCGGUGGCGUUAGCCUGCUAAUAUGAUGACUAAAGCUUAUUGCUAACCAGCGGUAGCUUGUUGUUAUUGCUCAACGUGGUGGAUUCCCCGCUCUGACAGCUCGCUGCACCGCCGCAAAACUACUUGUUAUUGCUCGACGUGUCGUCUUUGUUCGUGACAUUAGUCGUCGUCAAGUUUCCCUGUUCGUAAUUCGCCUCCCGUCCUCGGGCGGACUGUUCAUGCUAACGCGACGUUACGCCCAAGACGGAUACAGCGGUCGAUGCACUGUCACUCACCACCGCAUCAGCUGCUAGGCUAACGCUGCUAUUAGCCAGCAGAGCAACACUCACGCACUUUAAUAACGUAACACUCUUCAGGAAUUACGAGCAGGCUUCUCAUUGCAUUCCCGUCUCCUUCGACUGCAAACACACGAGCCUGUAAGUUAAAUGUCAGCGUUCUGGGUCCAGGCUGACUUAAGGGACGGAUGCCGUGAGUAAGUGAGCUAUUCAACGUCGCCUCUCUUAUUAGUUAACGUCACAGGACUCGUUCAGUUGGAUAAACAGCGAAAGUUCUUUUCCUAACGUCGCAUCGGAAGUGUGAAUGGCUGCGGACGUCCAGUGAAACGCAGCAACCUUGACAUACGACACACUUCGCUUUGGAGAGUUUGAAGAUUUUCCCGAGACCUCAGAGCCCGUGUGGAUCUUGGGGAAAGAAUAUAAUGCACUCACCGAAAAAGAUGAGAUUUUAUCAGACGUCACUUCACGACUGUGGUUCACAUACAGAAAAAACUUCCCACCCAUUGGUGGGACGGGACCAACGUCAGACACAGGAUGGGGAUGCAUGUUACGGUGCGGCCAGAUGAUCCUAGGCGAGGCCUUGGUGUGUACACACGUAGGCAGAGAUUGGAGAUGGGCCAGAGGCCAGGAACAAAGAGAAGAGUACAUCAGUAUUCUCAACGCCUUCAUCGACAAGAAAGACAGCUAUUAUUCCAUCCAUCAAAUCGCCCAAAUGGGAGUUGGAGAGGGAAAGCCCAUAGGCCAGUGGUACGGACCGAACACAGUGGCCCAGGUUCUAAAGAAGCUGGCGGUGUUUGACACGUGGAGCAGACUGGUCGUACACGUGGCGAUGGACAACACGGUGGUCAUCGAGGAGAUCAAGCGCCUCUGCAUGCCUUGGCUGGACGCCGCCUGUUGCGAACCGGAGGGCGCCGCGGAGCUCAACGGCUGCCGGGAGGGGGCGUGUGCGCUGGCCGAGGAGGAGACGGCCCUCUGGAGACCUCUGGUCCUGCUCAUCCCACUCAGGCUGGGCCUGAGCGACAUAAACGAGGCCUACAUCGAAACCCUCAAGCAAUGCUUCAUGCUGCCUCAGUCCCUGGGUGUUAUUGGGGGGAAGCCCAACAGUGCCCAUUACUUCAUUGGUUAUGUCGGAGAAGAACUCAUCUAUUUAGACCCACACACCACGCAGCCCGCGGUGGAUCCAUGCGACGACGGCCAGGUCCCCGACGAGACGUACCACUGUCAGCACCCGCCCUGCCGCAUGCACAUCUGUGAGCUGGACCCGUCCAUCGCAGCGGGUUUCUUCUGCAGAACAGAGGACGACUUUGACGACUGGUGUAUGCGCAUAAGAAGGCUGUCCUGCAACAGAGGGGGCCUGCCCAUGUUUGAACUGGUGGACAGUCAGCCCUCUCACAUGGUCAGCGCGGAUGCCCUCAACCUUACUCCUGAUUUCUCCGACUCGGACAGGCUGGAGCGCUUCUUUGAUUCGGAGGACGAGGAGUUCGAGAUCCUUUCCCUGUGAGGAACACACAAACGAUGAUUUACUAUUGUGGACAGUCGGCGCGAAAGAUUCUCUGUAUCAGAAGGGGAAGCCUGAAGGGGACAAAUAUUAACUCAAGACCUCUUGAGCCCGUCCAGCUCCAAUGGUGUGGUCAGUGCGUGUGAGUCACACAGCGUUCUUCACCGCUCUGUGUGCGAACAUCGACCCCUCACAGACGCCGUAGCCGGAGCUCAGGAUAAAUUCUGUAUGCACAUCACCACAUCGCGCGUGCGUUUCCAUUCGAGUCUUAACACUUUAAAUGUUUAUUCUGAAGUGAUAUGGUGCCUUUCCCUGACUCCAGAAGUUAAAUUGCCAUAACAGUUUUAUGUUGUAUAGAAACCCCAAUGGCUUAAACGCGGUUUGUCACUAACUACUCCAAUCAGCCUGCAAUGAAACCAAAUCUGCAGACUAUUUGCAUUAACUGUUCAUGCAAAGUAUCCUUGCCAUGUUUGAAAGAAACUCAUGCGCUACUUCAUUUGAAGAUUAUUUAUUUAAUCAACACUGCGUAAACAGGUGAAAAUACACAUGUAAAAAGGUUAGAAACGAAUAAAGUCAGCAUCUGGUAUUUGA